UGUUUUCUCUCAGGAUAAUGCAAAGUGCUGAAGCUUGGGUUGGAACCUGGAGACCCCACAAGCCAAGAGGACCCAUAGCUGCCCUCUAUGGUAGUCCAGGACCCAAGUAUGCACUGCCUGGACUCACAGGUAUUUGUAAACAUGACCCUACGAAAUACAAAGCACCAAUGUUCAGCUUUGGGACACGUCCUGACCACAGGUAUGAUACAACCAGCCCUGGACCAAGCUACCUCAUCCCCUCCAACAUCACCAGAGUGGGCCGAGAUGGCACUCCUGCGUUUUCACUCCACAGCCGUCCAAAGGAGCUACAAAUCUUCCAGGCCCCUGGACCAGGAAAAUACUCUCCAGAGCAUUCAGAAAGGGUGCUCUUCCACACUGCUCCUGCUUAUACUCUAUCUGGGAGGAGCAAAGACAUCAGCAAUAUCCAAACACCAGGUCCUGCCUCCUACUCUCUGCCUCAAAUGCUGGGGUCCAACACUGUGGUGACAUCUGCAGCUCCCACUUUCUCAUUCUGUGGCCGCAACACAAUUGGAACCUUCCAUGAGGACCUAAAGAAGACUCCUGGCCCUGCUGCCUACAACACUGUUGACGCUUGUAUUUACAGACACAAACCUCCCCAGUUCAGCAUGAAAGGACGCAACUUCCCACCUGGUGAAACCACAAAGAAACCAGGACCCGGAGCUCACUAUCCUGAGCAGGCAACUUUCACAAGAACCAAAGCUCCAAGCUACUCUUUUGGACUGCGUCACUCAGAAUUCAUCUCACCCCUGUUUGUAGAUGUGGCUGAAUAAUGUCAAAUACGAUGUUUUGGAAAUUCCCAUAAGCAUAAAGCACAAUAAAGAACA